AAGGAAGGUGAAGGUCAGCUAGCAAGAUCACAUAUAUAUACAAAUAUAUAUAUAUAUAUAUAUAUAUAAUUGGGGCUGAGCUCUGCGUCUGAGUUGAGACUAAGGAAGAAACUCCGAAAAUUCAAAAAUGCUCCGUAUAGUGGGGAAGAAAUUAGCUUCAUCUUCAAGCUCAUGGAGGUCAUCGUUAAUGGCAGCGAAUCGAGCUCAAAUUGUUCAGAGAAAUGAAUAUUCCAUCGGAGUCCUCCCCGAUGGCGUUGAUCGGAGCUCCGAGGCGUUCUCUGGCAAUUCUACCGCCAUGGGCGCGUUAUUAUCCGAUCUUCAAUCCCAUAUCGACAAAAUUCUCGCCGGAGGAGGACCAGAAGCUGUGAAGAGAAAUCGGAGCAGAAACAAACUCCUGCCAAGAGAACGCAUUGAUCGCUUGCUUGACCCUGGUUCUUCAUUCCUCGAACUUUCUCAGCUUGCAGGCCAUGAACUCUAUGAUGAGCCCCUACCAUCAGGUGGAAUAGUUACUGGGAUGGGUCCCGUUCAUGGGAAGCUUUGUAUGUUUGUGGCUAAUGACCCUACUGUAAAGGGAGGGACUUAUUAUCCCAUCACUGUUAAGAAACAUCUUAGAGCACAAGAGAUUGCUGCUGAAUGCAAAUUGCCAUGCAUUUAUCUUGUUGAUAGUGGCGGGGCUUACCUUCCCAAGCAAGCGGAGGUUUUCCCCGAUAGGGAUAAUUUCGGUAGAAUUUUCUACAAUCAAGCUGUAAUGUCUGCUGAAGGCAUUCCUCAAGUUGCGCUGGUAUUGGGAUCCUGUACUGCCGGGGGUGCUUAUAUACCUGCGAUGGCCGAUGAAAGUGUGAUGGUCAAAGGGAACGGGACCAUAUUUCUGGCAGGACCUCCUCUUGUGAAGGCGGCUACUGGAGAAGAAGUAUCCGCGGAAGAUCUUGGAGGCGCUAGUGUCCAUUGUAAAACAUCAGGAGUUUCAGACUAUUUUGCUCAAGAUGAACUGCAUGGCCUUGCCCUCGGUAGAAAUAUUAUUAAGAACUUGCACAUGGCUGGUCAGGGGCAGUUGCAAGGUGGAGUACAAAACACACACUUUGAAUAUGCAGAACCCUUGUAUGAUGUAAGGGAACUUCGUUCUAUUGCACCAACAGACCAUAAACAGCAGUUUGAUAUCCGAUCUGUUAUUGCUCGCAUUGUGGAUGGAAGUGAAUUUGACGAAUUCAAGAAAUUAUAUGGGACUACUCUUGUAACAGGGCUUGCUAGAAUUUAUGGACAACCGGUUGGCAUUAUUGGAAACAAUGGUAUAUUGUUCAGUGAGUCUGCUCUAAAAGGGGCACAUUUCAUUGAACUAUGUACUCAACGAAACAUUCCCUUGGUCUACCUUCAAAACAUCACUGGAUUUAUGGUUGGCUCAAAGUCUGAGGCAGGUGGAAUAGCAAAGGCUGGAGCAAAAAUGGUGAUGGCAGUUUCCUGCGCCAAGGUUCCAAAAGUUACGAUAAUGGUUGGUGGAAGCUUUGGUGCUGGGAACUAUGCAAUGUGCGGUCGUGCAUACAGUCCCAAUUUCUUGUUCCUCUGGCCAAACGCCCGGAUAUCUGUAAUGGGUGGGGCUCAGGCUGCUGGUGUUCUGACUCAAAUAGAGAAGAGCAACAAGAAAAAGAAAGGGAUUCAGUGGGACAAGGAAGAAGAGGAAAAAUUCAAGGCAAAGGUAGUAGAUGCAUAUGAGAGAGAAGGAAAUCCUUAUUACUCAACAGCAAGGCUGUGGGACGAUGGGAUUAUUGAUCCAGCUGAAACAAGAAAGGUUAUAGGUCUUUCCAUCUCAGCUUCCUUAAAUCGCGCCCCUGAAGAUACCAAGUUUGGUGUAUUCAGGAUGUAAAUUUAUGUAAUUACUAUUUACUCCAAUUAUGGUUGUAGAUACUUUUUAUGCCAAAAUCUAUGCUGCCCAUUUAUUGGAAAGAAAAAUAAACAAGUUGUUCCAAGUGGUAAAAUAGAAAUAAAA